CCCCGUCUGGAAUGGUAGCAAGGACAGGAGGCUGCAGAACCAACAGCUGAACACUGGCCACUAGAGCUGAGAGAGCAGAAGAAGCUACAGACAAAUUUGAAAGCUUGAGAGCUCUUCUAGCCCUUCCUCAAGUAGCAAGCAGUCCUGCCUCCUGAGAGGUGAGAGAUAGCUGUGUACCACGUCUGCAGUUCUAUCCUGAUCUCUGAAUUUGACUCCGCCUUAUCUUGGACUGGUAGAUGCUAAGGAGACAUCCCCUGCUAUGGAUACCCCCCUAAGCAUAGCCAAUGGCUCAAAUUUUCAGGUGUCCGAGUUCAUCCUGCUGGGGUUCCCAGGCAUUCACGAGUGGCAGCACUGGCUCUCUCUGCCCCUGGCUCUGCUCUACCUCUUAGCUCUUGGUGCCAAUCUCCUCAUCUUGAUCACCAUCUACAAUGAGCCUACACUUCAUCAGCCUAUGUAUCAAUUCCUUGCUAUCCUGGCUGUUGUGGACGUUGGCCUAGCUACCACCAUCCUUCCUAAGGUGUUGGCCAUUCUGUGGUUUGACGCCAAAGCCAUCAGCCUCCCUGAGUGCUUUGCUCAGAUCUAUGCCAUCCACACUUUUAUGUACAUGGAGACAGGCAUCUUCCUCUGCAUGGCUGUGGACCGAUAUGUAGCCAUCUGCUAUCCUCUUCAGUACCCCUCCAUCAUCACUCAGGCUUUUGUGAUCAAAGUCACCCUGUCUGUGAUACUCAGGAACUGCCUCUUCACCCUCCCGGUACCUGUUCUGGCUGCCCAGAGACACUACUGUUCCAGGAAUGAGAUUGACCACUGCCUGUGCUCCAACUUGGGGGUGACCAGCCUGGCCUGUGACAGCAUCACCAUUAAUAAAUUUUACCAUUUGGUUUUAGGCUGGGUCAUGGGUGGGGGUGACAUAGUUCUGGUUUUUGCUUCCUAUUCUCUGAUUAUUCGUUCGGUGCUGAAGCUGAACUCUGCUGAAGCAACAUCAAAGGCCCUGAGUACCUGUAGUUCUCAUGUCAUCCUCAUUCUGUUUUUCUACACAGCUAUUAUUGUAGUGUCUGUCACCCAUCUGGCAGGAAGUAGGUUUCCCUUGAUCCCAGUUCUCCUCAAUGUGCUACACAGUAUCAUCCCCCCAGCCCUUAACCCCAUGGUGUAUGCUCUUAGGACCCAGGAGCUGAGAGGGAACUUCGGCAGGGUGCUUGGUCUGGGUGAGCAUGUGUCCAGGAAGUGAGACUAUUAUAAGAGGUCUUCCAGAAUUUGGACAGGCUUUGGAGUAGCGUAGUCCUCAGUUACAAUUAUACCAAGUCUCUCAAUUGCUAGGACAUAAAUUCAAACUAAUUCACCUAUUUUGUACAGCACAUACAUAGUGCUGUGCACAUACAUAUACAAUGUGCAUAGCAUUGUAAAUAGUUCACAAAUAUUACCUCAUUUAAUUGCCAUAACAAACCUAUGAAGCAAGUACCAUUGCUAUUUAUACAUUUUCAUAUGAAGCAUGAAAAUUUAAAAACUUGCCACAGAAAGAGUUUAGAACCCUGUCAGUCUGUAAAGUCCCUUUUAAUCCCGUCUCUCUAUUCACCCUCACUACUAAUUUUUUAAAUAAAUUGAGAUGACAAUUAAAAGGGAGGAUAUCUUAGUGAAAUUACCCUCUUUGUCAAAUGAAUUUGGAAUUAUUUUGCCAUUUUGCAAAGUCUUUUCCAAUACAAAUUAAUUGGCAUUCAAGCCCGAGGAGGAAUAGCUCAACCAGUUUUAUUAACACUCAACAUUAUUGAAAAAUUCUCUAAACAAUUAAGUAAAUUCUGAUGACUUAUGGGAGUGUAAGUCCUGUGGCUUAUUGCAGUAUAAAUGAUACCAAUGAGCUCUAAAGUUUCCCCACAAGAAAAAUGAUUUAAUUUUUUGAACUGUUGGGGGAGGUGGAGUAGGGAGG